AUGCUUUACUUUGUCCGGUCCUUGGGCGCCGUUGGCGCCCUCGUCUCGGUCGCUCAAGCCACUCAAUACUAUAUCGAUUGCUCUGCAUCCUCAAGCGGCUUGGGCACACUCGCAAGCCCCUGGAACAGCCUUGCGCAAGCAAACACACCCACCUUUCAGCCCGGCGACAUUAUUGCCUUGAGGGCCGGUACCGAGUGCGUUGGCGUGCUCUCGCCACAGGGCGUCGGGACGGCCAAAGCCGUGAUUCAAAUCACAAAGUACUCAUCAGACGACGGCGCGCACGCCAACCCCAUCAUCAACGGCAACGGGGCGGCCGCGGCCGUCACCCUGACCGACCAGGACCACUGGCGCAUCUCCCACCUCACCGUGACCAACCCGGCGAGCAAUCUCAGAGCGCGCCAGGGCAUUCACGUCACCGCGAGCGAUGGCACGACACACACGGGCAUCACCAUUGACGGCAACACGGUGCACCACGUCGCCGGCCAGACCGACAAGGACAAGCACACCGACGCCUUUGUGCUCUCGUGCGGCAUCCUCGUCGACGUCGACGCCAAGACCAGCAGCCGCUACGACGACGUUCUCGUCCGGGGCAACACCGUGUCCGACUGCGGCGGCGGCGGCAUCAAGGUGCGCGUCGGCACCUCCAUGACCUCGCGGGGGCACCGCACGCGCAUUACGCAAAACACGGUGCGCGCGUGCGGCGGCGACGGCAUCAUUGCCUCCUUUAGCCACACGCCGCUCCUCGACUACAACACGGCGGCGGACCUCGGCACGGGCGCGUACCCGUGGACCGGCGGCAACUUUGCCGGCAUCUGGGUGCUCGGCGACCACGACCCCACGAUAAGCCACAACGUCGUCUACGGCAGCGUCAUGUCCAAGUUUGACAGCCAGGCGUUUGACUGCGACUGGGGCAACACGGGCACCUGCACCGUCGAGUACAAUUUUAGCCGCGACAAUGCCGGCGGCGCGUUUCUCAACUGCGACGGCUGCGGGGACUACUCGGGCGGCGCGAACCAGGUUAUCCGGUAUAAUGUGUUUCAGAAUGACUGCCGCAUCUACAGCAACGGCGAGAAGCCGACCUUGUCCUUUUACCAAAACGUCUGGUACUGCGAUAAAAAGAGCUUUAACCUGACGCUGCCGCCAAAAACCCAGUUUAUCAAUAAUAUUAUUGUCGGCAACGGCAAGUCCUCGCUUCCGAAUCGUAGUGGUGUUGAAUGGAAGUCAAACGUCUUUCACAAUGUCGACCGUCCCACCAACAACGGCAUCAAAGGGGAUCCAGAGUUUGUCAACCCUGGGACUGAUGGCGAGACCUUGGAGUCGGCUGCAGGAUACCGUCUCAAGUCGAGCUCGCCCGCGCUGCACAACGGCCAAGUCAUCUCGAACAAUGGCGGCGUCGAUUUCUUUGGCAACCCCGUGUCGCAGACGUCGAAGCCAAACAUAGGAGCUUAUGAAGGUCCAGGUGUGUCGAAAUAG